GAUUAAAAGCUACUUGUUUUAAUUUGAAAGCUUUGAAUUUGUAAAUACGAUAAAAGAGCAGCGUUUGAAGACUGGAAACAUCAAUUUAGAGAUCCACGUUUUUAAGCUGGUAAAGUUCAGAAUUCGGAGUGGUUUUUGUGCUCUUUGUAGCUGAUCUCAUGCUUUAUUUUUUGUUGUCCUUUUAAUACGAUUCUGAUUUUGUUCUUUUUUCAAUACUAAAUUUCUAUCGAUAUGAUUCUUGCUUAUUUUUUCUACCUUGUGAUGUCAUUACAUUGAUGCUUUCCAUAGCGGCGACGCAACGCAUUAUAUUCACCGCAACACUGUACAUCCUUGUCUUGAGUUUUAAGGUUAGUUAUUGCAGUCAAAAAAUAAUAAUAAAAUAAUUGCAGAAAGGGGUACAAGAUGAGUUACUUCGGUGUUGAUCGAGUUUUUACCCUUUUGCGAACGAUAAAGCAGUACGGCGGCAUUAGGCAGUCGUUUUUGAAAAUAUUUAGAAUGGAUUCCCUAAGGCCUGGAGUAGUCGUUGGCGUUGAUAAAUUUGGGAAUAAGUACUUUGAAAAUAAUUAUUACUUUUAUGGUAGAAAUCGCUGGGUAGAAUAUGCCCCUCAAUAUGGCAUGGAUUAUGAUGGCAGCCAAGUACCCGUUGAAUGGUUUGGGUGGUUGCAUUACAAAACCGAUUUAUUGCCAUCGCAAGACCCUAGUAGGCCUAAGUAUAAGUGGAUGCUGGAGCACACUCCAAAUCUAACUGGUACUCCUAGGCAAUAUAUGCCUUAUUCGACUACUCAAUCAACAGUGCAACCCUGGGUGCCACCUCCAAAAAAGUAAUUUUGUUUAUGCAAAUAGACAAAGCGGCUUGAAACCCCGUUUGUAAAUAGUUAAAAGGAAGUAGUCAAACUGUUCUUCAUUUUUGGUUGGAUUAUUGUUGAUUAACAAGCACUUCAGUGAUUAAUUAAAUUUAUUUCAAUUUCCAAGUUA